GGGCAGAGUGGGUGAGCUCUCUGAUUGACGUCUCUCACAGCCAAUCCAAAUAUUUCUGGAGUAACAUGAGUUUCCUGAAGCUUGGGAAACUGACCGGUGAGACGGAGGUGACUUUGAGCAGUAGAUCAGAAGGAUUGCACCAUACACCAGAGAAUACAGCGAGGAUAGACACCGCAGAUAGAUCCUGACCAUCUUCCAAGGAACAACGGCACAACUGUGAGAAGACAUCCAGUCCCUUCACAGCAUUGCUCAACACAGAGGAGGUUGGGCCUCAUGAACCACUGACUCAUUUCAAUGGUGAGAGGCUGUUCAAGUGUGAGGGGGGGCUUCACAGGAUAGUAACAUCUCCUAACAAACAAGGUGCAUCUUUUACAACUACUGUUAACACACAAAUAGCUACAUGGAAGAAAAACCCUUCAAGUGUGAAAUGUGUGAUAAAAGUUUCAUGACAUCGACAAGUCUCCUGAGACACCAGAUGAUUCACACAGGGGAGAAACCAUUCAGGUGUGAGUUUUGUGAGAUGGCGUUCGCUCAAUCCUUCAGUCUCCUGACACACCAGAGGAUUCACACAGGGGAGAAACCAUUCACAUGUGAGGUAUGUGACAAAUCCUUCUCGGACUCAUCCGCCCUCUGCAGACACCGACGCAUUCACACAGGGGAGAAACCAUUCACCUGCGAUGUGUGUGAUAAAUCAUUCUCUGACUUAUCGACCUUCCGUAGACACCAACGCAUUCACACAGGGGAGAAACCAUUCAGGUGUGAGAUGUGUGACAGAUCAUUUUCACAGUCAUCAACGCUCGUACGACACCGGCACAUUCAUACUGGGGAGAAGUUGUUCAAGUGUGAGCUGUGUGAUAAAGCCUUCAUAAAUUUCUCAAGGCUUCUGGUCCAUCAGACAGGCCAUACAGGGGCUAAGCCAUUCACGUGUGAGGUGUGCAACAAAUCAUUCUUAGAUUCCGCAGCACUCCGUGUACACCAACGUAUUCACACCGGGGAGAAACCGUUCACGUGUGAGGUGUGUGACAAAUCAUUCUCGCAGUCAUCGAACCUCCACACUCACCAACGCAUUCAUACGGGGGAAAAACCCUUCACGUGCGAGGUUUGUGAUAAGUCAUUCUUGGAGUUAUCGAAACUCCUCCUCCAUCAGAGAGUUCACACAGGGGAGAAACCAUUUACCUGUGAGGUGUGUGACAAAUCAUUUUCACAGUCAUCGCACCUCCGCGUACACCAACGCAUUCACACGGGGGAGAAACCAUUCACAUGCGAGGUGUGUGACAAAUGUUUCUCAAGGUCAUCAAACCUCCUGCUUCAUCACAAGAUCCACACAGGGGAGAAACUCUUCAAGUGUCUGGUUUGCAGUAAAGCUUUCAGGACGUCUUCGAGCCUCCUGAGACAUCAGAGGGUUCACACGAAUGAGAAACUAUUAAAUUGUGAGAUGUGUGACAAAUCCUUCUCGAGGUCUUCCCAACUCCUGCUCCAUCAGAGGAUCCAUAAAGGUGAGUAAAGCUUCAGGUGUGAGGCCUGUGAUAAAGUUUCCCUUACAUCUUCAACCUUCCUGGGUCACCAAAGGAUUCACACAGGAUAGUAACUCUUCAGGUGCAAUGUUUGUGACAAGCCUUUCACCCACUCCUCUGAUAUCUGAUGCAUCAGAGGGUCCAAGGUGGUGAGAAACCAUUCAGAUGUGAUGUGUGACAAGGCUUUCACACAGUCAGUGUAUCUCCUGAAUGAUCAACACACUCACACAGGGGAGAAACCCUACUGGUAUGAGUUCUGUAAUGAAGCCUUCACACGGUUGUCGGGCCUCCUAGAGCAUCAGUGAACCCACAUUAGAGACAAACCCAGUGUGAUGUGUGUAGGUUGGCCGGAAGUAGUUAGAUUUUAGUCCAGCUUGAGAAUUUUUAUACUAUAUUCACUUUAGUAACCAGGGCAAGGAAGCUAUUUUAACAUUAACAUGUGGCAGAGGAAGCGAUUUUAUAUCCCAUAUUAACUAUUCAACAAAUUACUGUAUUCAGUCGCAGCCAGUCAUGGAACAGAUGAUUGUAAAAGUAAUUAGUGAACCUUCACACAGUUAUAAUUGAUGAACUGGUGUAAUCAAAAGUCAUAUCAGAAAGACUGCAUUUUCAUAUACAUGUUAAUGUAUAAUCAAUAUAUGUGUCUGUGUGAGAAAGUGCAGUUUCAGGUGAAACUGCUCAUACAAGGGAAUCUUGUUGAAAUCCUGAUAAGAUCCCUGGGACAGCACAUCACGGCCUUGUAGAGUCUGUCCGAAUAAAUAGAAAGUUGUUCAAAAUCAGAUAAAGGAACAGUGUGAAGCAGCCCCAUUGUAUUCCUGGAAAAACUUAGCAGGUCUGGCAGCAU